AAACAGAAUGUCAUUUGGGGGGAACUGGGGGGAAUUGGGGCAUUGUUCGGCCAUUCCCCAACUUCCCACGGACAGCAAAACUGCAGUGCCUAAUCAUCAAUACGAAGGCGAGUGAAACCUGGUCAACCAGUCCCCAAUGUGACUGAAGGGGGAAUGUCCCCGAGACACGCUCCGCUGAUCAGCAGAUGGAGUGGGGAUGUUUCACUCAUCGCGUUGCUAAACCAGCAUAGCAGUAGAGUUGCUAGUUAGCCACGAUUCAUGAAUAAGUCCAGUGGCACAAGGGACAGAUUGGCAUAUAAAGACCUUUCUUCCUUCCCCAGGAUAUUUUUCUCCGUAUCUACACAAUCCAAACAAACCAUCUACUGAGGAUCUUUAGCACACACACACACACACACCCCCUCCCAACCACCACCACCACCACCACCAUGAAGCUCCUUGCCCUCCUCUCCGCCGCCGCCGGGGUCUCGGCUCUGCCGCAAACCCAGCAGGCGCAGGCCAACUACAACUCGUUCUCGGUGAUGUCCGCCCGCUCGGGCUCGCCCGUGCACCUGCUGCCCUUGAACGCCGCCUCCGGGGGCUUCUACCUGGGUCUGCAGAACGCCUCCAGCUACUGCCCGGACCAGGUCGCCGAGCUGGGCGCCUGCCCGCCCGGCACUGAGACCGUGUUCGAUGCCGGUGCCAACUCUUUGGACGUCUCCGUCCCCGGCGGCCAGCAGGUCUACAUCGCCCCCAGCGGCGCCCUGGCCUUCACCCAGCCCCACUCCGCCUACGUCCCCGCCGGCUCCGUCGUCGGCGCCUUCAGCUACUCCCAGAAGGCCGACACCACCUUCGGGUACUGGACCCUGCCCAACAGCGGCCUGAUCGCUUGCCCGGUCCCCGCCGCGGCUGCCUCGUCGUCCGCCGCUUCCCCGUCUGCCACCCCCGCCGCGGGUGCCGCUGCUGUUACGGCUAGCAAGUGGCAGGUCUUUGCGGCCUGGAGCAACGCUACCGUUCCCUCGGGGAAUGUUGGCGACUGUCUGGGCUUUGAUGCGUUGGCGGUUGGUCGCAAUGGGAGUGCCGCUGCUUGGGAGUAUAUCUAAACUCCUCGUUUGGUCUAACUCGUUUGUCUCAGAUGGAGCGUGGGGAUGUGGACGGUUGAAUGAGUGUUUUAUAAUCUGGGGGAUGUGGGGAAGGGAGUGAUGAUUGAUAAUGGAUAUGUAUAUGAAUCUUGGUUGGGGGUUCAGGCCCGGCCACUUGUUUAUAAUGAAUUAUUCUUCGUUUGCAUGGUUUUGAGUUGGAGGUGUGGUGAGGUGGUGGUAGGGUACGGAGUACUGUGUUCGUAGUUGGG